AACUUCCUUCAAGUUCAUAACUAAACACAUUCUAAUUUAUGUGUUUGUUUCUAGGAUCCCUGUUUAGUGGAGCUGGGUGACACGUACUGUUUAAGAAUAUAAUUUGCAUUUAUUCAGCGUUCAAGUGGCUACUAGAUGAUCGAAUAAUUAUAAAAUCAGCCGCGAGUUCAGUAACUUAGCUAGCUACAUAAAUUGUAUUUUCAGUGGAGCGAGCGCAUCUCUCUAAGGACUCCUUACAGAAACCAGAGUGGGUGUGGAAAUAGCGAAAAUAUGUCGGAACCGACCAGGGACUCGCAUACACGCGUCAGCAGCAAACCGAAGCCCGGGUUCCUGGAGCGCCUCAGCGAGACCACCGGGGGAAUGCUUGUGGGAGUUUCUUUAUUCCUACUGUCAUUUUACGUGCUUUUCACCAAUGAGGGAAAGGCGAUGCGCAUCGCUGCCUCUUUGGACGAGGGUCUGUCACUGGUGGUGUCCUUGGACCCUGCUUUUUCUCCAGAAGUCCAGAAUAAUAACCACCUAAUUCAUCUGUCUGCCCCACUGCACACUGCCCAGCCCCUGCACGACCCAAACUACAAAGUGGCCGUGCAUGCAGUCAAGCUGAAGAGGCAGGUGGAGAUGUACCAGUGGGUGGAGCACCAGGAGAGCAGAGACUACGAGGAGGAUGGACAGUCCAAGUCUGAGACAACGUACUCGUACAACACAGAGUGGAGGUCAGACAUCAUCAAUAGCAGGAACUUUGACAAAGAGAUUGGGCACAUUAACCCCAGUGCCAUGGCGGUGGAGAGCGUCACUGUGGUCGCUCCUGACGUCUGGGUGGGGAAGUUCUCUCUGUCCAAUGGCUUGGUGGAAAAGAUUGACAACUUCGAGACGCUGAGUUUGACCGAGCCCUCUCCUGACCCCGAUUCCUUCCUCACUGUGCAUGGAGACUACUUUUACCACACCGCACACCCCACCCGACCAGAGGUCGGGGAUGUGAGAGUGUCUUUUUCCUACGCGGGGCUGAGUGGAGAGGGAUCAUACCCGAAACCUGCUCAGUUGGUCAGUGUGGUUGCAAUGCAGAGGGAUGACCGGCUGAUGCCCUUUAAAACCAAGUCUGGUGAAAAGCUCGAGAUUCUGUACCUGGAAGAACUGUCCGCUCAGGAGGUGUUUGAGCGGGAGCACCAGGUGAACACCAGGCGUCUCUGGGCUCUGAGAGCUGCAGGCUGGGCCCUCAUGUUCCUGGGCAUCAGUCUGACCAUCAGGAUAUUCCACACUCUGGUGGACUGGGUUCCCGUGCUCAGAGAGCUUGUGAAUUUGGGGCUGAAGAUCUUCGCUCUCUGCGUGUCCUGCUCCCUGUCACUCCUCACCAUCGCGGCCGGCUGGCUGUUCUACCGCCCCCUGGUGGCCGGGACCCUCAUCGCCCUGGCCCUCGUCCCCGUGCUCGUCGCCCGCUCACGCACCCCGCCCAAGAAGCACCAGUGAGCCCCCGUCCCGCGCCGCGUUUCUGCGCAGAUUCUUUACAGACACCAGAUUGUCGCCGCCCGCGUUCCUUCACUCCUCUCCUCUCCUCUCCUCUCCUCUCCUCUCCUCUCUUCUCCUCUCUGCGCGACUGUAGCAGUUUCGGGGGGUCGGUGACUGGAGUCGCUGCGACUUCAGAGGAGUUCAUGGGUUUUCAUGAAGAGGUGUGGCCGUAGACAGAAACUUUCCGCAUUAAGCACAGAGCUGACAAUCUGGUUUUUCUAAAGAAUCUGGGGGGUGAGCUGGGAGAAAGGGUGAAAUCACUCGGAUGUUCAGUGGCCGCUCUUGCGUCUCCAGCUCUUGCUUGCAUUGGUACCUGCUCUUGAUUUUCAUUCAUUUACUUUGAUGGCAUUUUGACAGACGCUCUUAUCCAGAGCGACGUACAGUUGAUUAGACUAAGCAGGAGACAAUCCUCCCCUGGAGCAAUGCGGGGUUAAGGGCCUUGCUCAAGGGCCCAACGGCUGUGCGGAUCUUACUGGGGCUACAACGUGAUUGCUGCCCCAAGAUCAGUAGUGCCUGAGAAGUUUUAAUCACAAUCUGAAGAACGGAAAUGUUUGAGAGUUUCAGUAAAGUUUAAAACCUGCAGAACCCAUGAAGGAAGCGGGUAUAUCAGAUAUGCAUUAGAAUAUAGCAGCUCUGUGUGGUGAGUGUUCUGGUGCAAAAUGGCAGCCGUGCAUCACCCAGGUGGUUGAGGGGAGUUUCCCCCUCAUCACUGUAAAACGCUUUUGAGUGUCUAGAAAAGCGCUAUAUAUAUGUAAUCUCUAUCUAUAUGGGCAAUCCCGCUGCUGUGGGAAACUCCAGCAUAUGGUACAAUGACAUCAUACAUUAACAAGGCAAGCUAACAAUUACAAGCAUUUGGGGUUUUUUUAAUUUUUUUUUUUCUUGCCAGGUCUGUGUUUUGCAUGGGAAAAAAAAACUAAAUGCAGUGUUCACUUUAUGCUUCGCUAUCCAAGCGGGGACGCUUUGGGAUGUACGCACAAUGUACGGAACUACACCUCACGAGCAGGCAGACCAUUGGGGGUAAAAUCACAGGCACUGUUGUCUGUCCUUACGCUGUAAACCAAAGAAAUGCUCUCUGACGUAGUGACUGCAGUAACGCCUUUUGUGAAAUGAAGUAAUUUGAUUGGCUGACCACUGCACUGUUUCUACAGGCGUGACUGCUGGUGUGUAGAGACAGCAAGGUGGAGAUGACCAACCGUUCCCUUUUCUUAAUCCAUUUUCUUGAUAUGACGAAUGAGUUAUUUGGGAAAGCAUCCAAAAAAAGGUUGGGGUAGUAUAUUGUUUUUGGAGGUGGAACAGUGGUGCUUUGAGGCUCUGUAUGUGUUGUCAACAAACCUUACUCCUUGUGCAGCUGAUUAAUCCACACCGCUCCUCAUCCCCCCUUCAUGUCCCCCUGCCCUGGACUGUGUGUUUUCUACUCUUUUUAUUAAAAACUUGUUCGUAAAAAUA